UAGGCUGCGCUGGGUGUUGGUGGUGGAGGAUACCAGGCCUGAGCGUAAAGCCAAGUCAGUCGGAGGAGUCGGUCGUUGGGAGAGGAAGCUGCGCUCGGCCCGGCCUCAGGCCCUGCGGCUCCGGCCAUGGAGUCCUACGACAUCAUCGCCAACCAGCCCGUCGUCAUUGACAACGGUUCAGGAGUGGUUAAGGCUGGCUUUGCUGGAGACCAGAUCCCAAAAUACUGCUUCCCAAACUAUGUGGGCCGUCCAAAGCAUGUGCGGGUUAUGGCUGGUGCUCUUGAAGGAGAUCUCUUUAUUGGACCUAAAGCAGAGGAGCACAGAGGGUUGUUAUCCAUCCGGUAUCCCAUGGAGCAUGGCAUUGUCAAAGACUGGAAUGACAUGGAGAGGAUCUGGCAAUAUGUUUAUUCUAAAGACCAGCUGCAGACAUUCUCAGAAGAGCAUCCAGUUCUCCUGACAGAAGCUCCUCUAAACCCCAGCAAAAACAGGGAGAAGGCUGCUGAGGUUUUCUUUGAGACCUUCAACGUUCCUGCUCUUUUCAUUUCCAUGCAAGCUGUGCUCAGCCUUUAUGCCACAGGUCGCACUACAGGAGUGGUACUGGAUGCAGGGGAUGGAGUGACACAUGCGGUACCCAUCUAUGAGGGCUUUGCCAUGCCCCACUCCAUCAUGCGGGUAGACAUUGCUGGGCGGGAUGUUUCUCGCUAUCUCCGCCUGUUGCUACGGAAAGAGGGCUAUGACUUCCACACUUCAGCUGAGUUUGAAGUGGUCAAGACAAUAAAGGAGAGAGCUUGCUACUUGUCUAUCAACCCUCAGAAGGAUGAAGCCUUGGAGACAGAGAAGGUGCAGUACACACUGCCUGACGGAAGCACUUUAGAUGUCGGUCCCUCACGGUUCCGAGCCCCUGAGCUGCUCUUCCAGCCAGACCUAAUAGGCGACGAAAGCGAAGGGAUCCAUGAAGUGCUAGCAUUCGCCAUCCAGAAAUCUGACAUGGACCUGAGGCGGACGCUGUUUGGGAACAUUGUCCUGUCUGGGGGGUCAACUCUCUUUAAAGGUUUUGGGGACCGGUUGCUCAGUGAAGUGAAGAAACUUGCUCCAAAGGACGUCAAGAUUAAGAUCUCUGCUCCUCAAGAGAGGUUAUACUCCACGUGGAUUGGUGGCUCUAUUUUGGCCUCCUUGGACACAUUCAAGAAGAUGUGGGUGUCCAAGAAGGAGUACGAAGAGGACGGUUCCCGGGCCAUUCAUCGGAAGACCUUCUAGGGCAGGGGCCAGGGGUGGUGGCAGUGGCAAAGCAGCAGCAGCAGCCGGUGUCUGUGGGCGACUCAUCCAGGUCCUGUCUUUUCUCUCUUAACCCUUUCUCAUCCAGGGCUGCUUCUCCCUCCCUGCUGGUUGGGGCCUCUUCCUGCCUUCCUCUUCCUCCGGGGCCUCACGCUUUCCUGUCUUAGUGCCCUGUCCGAUGCAUGUUGCUAUCACACGCACACUCCUUUAGAAGGGAGGCGCGGUUAUAUUUUUGAGGCCUUGGUUGCAAUGGAGGACAGCAGCGGCCCCAGCCAGGAAGGAAACUCCAAGCUCCAUUUUGCCUUCCGAUCUGUUCCAUAGUGAGGCUGCUGCUUUAACCUGGUCCUUGUCAUGCCUAUGCAUAGAUUGAAAGCUGCUUUCAGGUGGAAGCUGCCAUGUGCCUCUGUCUGUCCUGCCCUGUGAGGCGGGACAGAAGCCUGUGAGCUCUCUGGGUUGUUGGAAGAAAUCUUGAAUGUUUGCAUCUCGCCUGACUGCCCCUUCCCUUUCUCAAGAGGAACAAAGCCUGGGGCAGCUGUCUGCCCCCCUAAAUAACAGGGGAAUAUGAUAUGUGAUCCCCUUCCUCUGUCAGGGUUCAAAAUCCACCUGGCUUUUGUAGGCAGGAAGGUAUUGGCAAGUAUUCUUCAGCCUGCCUAAUAGAGAGGCCCUGUUCCUUGAGAGCAGCCAGUGCCAAGCUGUUCCAGGGAGAAAUGAGCUGUUGCCUCACCCACAAACCUGCUCACUAUUCUCUCCAGGAAGCACUUCCUUUCCCCCACUAAAAAUAAAAUGGUGAAGGAUAGGGUCAUAGCGAGGCAGUUUUCAGGAUCUCUAGGUGGGAGAGGUGUGUCCCGGUAAACAGGGCAGGGAGCAUUUCUUAAAAAUGUCCUCUAGCUUGUCCUGUUUCAGGAGAGCAGUGUUAGCAUGAUACUUAACCAGGACCCUGUGAGACUUGUUUGGAGGAAGGAAGGCUUCAGCUGUGGCAGGCUUCUGGAGCUGGAGUACCUGCCGCAUGGCAUUGCCAGUAGGUAAGGUACAGGCAGUUGUGUUGGUUGUAGGAGCGCUUGCUGAGUCAGAGAUGUGCAUGCUCCCAGGAUCCAGGUUCCCUGGAUCUGUCCUGUUUUGAGAAUGGUGGCUUCAAGGAAUAAGAGUUGAGAACUGGCCAUUAACUAGGACUGAAUCCAAGGAUUUGGAUGGUCACAUCUAAGGGGCAUUUGGAGGAGAGGGGCUGAAGCUCUGCCUCCUUGCAUCUCUUAAGGUGCCUUUUCCCAGCUUGUCUCUUUUGAGAGCUUGAGUGGGUUGUCCUCCUUAAUGUCCAGUUUAGCUCGUGGUUCCUUGUUGGGCAUGGGUUUUUCUUAGUGGCUGCCUCUUUUGUUGGACUGGCCUUCUGUGAUGCAAAGUUGCCAACCAUUCCUCCACUCUUUCCUCUCCUUUGUUCAUCACCAUCUCUGGAAAGUGAAUAGCAUUGUCCCAAGUGGCAGGUUCUGUCUCUGAACACUAAUGCCCCUUACAAAGAAAUAAUUAAAACUCCACCAGGCUUUGGUAGGCAGAUAGAAAAACCAAGCAGGAUAGGUCAAAGCCCACUGGAGUCUUCCUGGCAGCCAAAGAACACAGCAGCUGAGAGGUUGGAACGGUAUCUCUUCACUCCAGAAACAUCUGCAGAGAUGGUGGUCUCAUCCUUGGACUGGAAAGGGUUAAAUCUUUUUUAUUUUUAUGGGAAUUAAUUAAUUUAAAAGGAACCCCUGCUGGGGGAGAGGUCUGUGGCUCCACUCCCUUGAAGCAUAUAUGUAUAUUGGCUUCUCCAUGUUAUCCACCUACAGUAAUCUAUACCAAACGGAGUCAAGAGUGCCCCUGCCCCUCGCAAAAAAGAAACCACCUCUCUGGGCUGCAAUGUACAAUAAUUUAACACAGUUGCCUGUAUUUUUAUUUUGUAAAUUCAUUAUAUUAUAAAUUAACAGCCAGUGGC